GCCAUUGGAAACUAAGUGAGCAAAACCCCACAAACUUCACAUUCAUUUUCUUUUACCGCGGAUAUCACUGUCCGAUCUGUCGCAAAUACCUCGGAUCAAUUGAUCGCAACAUCGAAGAACUGGCAUCCCUGGGCAUUAAAGCCAUUGCGAUUAGCAGCGAUUCUGAGGAACGCGCGAAACUUAGCAAGCAAGAAUGGCAUCUCAGCAACAUUCCAAUCGGUUAUGGGCUAACGAUCGAGAAAGCACGCGAGUGGGGCCUUUACGUCUCAAAGGCGAUCAAGCCAAGUGAGCCUGAGAUUUUCAGCGAGCCAGGCCUGUUUAUCGUCCGUCCUGAUGGUGAGUUGUACGCGGCAUCGAUUCAAACCAUGCCAUUUACACGGCCGAGCAUUGACGAAUUGAUUGGUGGUUUCAAAUAUAUCGUGACUAACGAAUAUCCAGGGCGACUAAACGGCAAGACCGCACUCGUUACGGCUUCCACGGGGGGUAUAGGCAUGGCCAUAGCCAAACGUUUGGCCGCGGAGGGCGCUCGAACGAUUAUCAAUGGCCGCAGUGAUGCGAGCGUUAAUAAGGCGAUCGAGGAAAUACGUCAAGUCGUGCCCGAAGGCGAGCUGGUUGGACUAGCCGCCGACAACGGUACGACGGAUGGCAUCGCCGCGACGAUACAGAAAUUUUCGACGGUUGAUAUCCUUGUCAACAACCUUGGUAUUUUCGAGGCGAUCAGGUUCUUUGAGUCGAAAGAUGAAGACUGGCAAAAGAUAUUCGAUGUCAAUGUCAUGAGCGGAGUACGCUUGUCCCGCCACUAUUUGCAGAAAAUGCUCGACCAGAAUCACGGACGCGUCAUUUUCAUCAGCAGUGAAUCAGGCGUGCUUCCCUCUCCAGAAAUGCCGCACUAUGCGAUGACUAAGACCGCUCAACUGGCGAUCUCACGAAGCCUGGCACAAUUGACCAAGGGAACCGAGGUGACGGUUAAUACGAUCAUGCCUGGGUCGACGAUUACGCCAGGUGUCGAGCAGUUCGUCGGUGACCUAUUUCCCGAUCAUCCUUUUGAAACAGCCGAACGACGAUUUAUGGCUGAGAACCGUCCCAGUUCGCUCAUCCAGCGAUUGAUCAAGCCAGAUGAAAUCGCCAACCUAGUAGCUUUUGUCGCCAGUCCCUUAGCUGCUGCCAUUAACGGAGCCUCACUUCGUUGCGAUGGCGGUAUCGUGCCCACGAUAGUCUAA